UCUCGCUAGCUAGCAACAGGCCAAGCAGACAACACAUGUGGUAGCUCAAGAAACCUCAACCACCGGCAGAGAUGCCAUUGCAUUUCCCCGAGUAAACUUGCAGGAAAAAGACGACUUCAUAUAUGGAGGAUCAGAGAGCAGAGACUGAACCAGAAUGGGCCGACGCGGUACCAUUUUUCUACCAGCCUGACAAGAGGUGUAUCUAUAGGGUUCCCAAUAAACUCCGUAAAGUAAAUGAAGCAGCAUACACUCCUCAAUUAAUUUCAAUAGGCCCUUUCCACCAUGGCAAACCAGAACUCAAGGACAUGGAGAACCAUAAAAGAAUAUAUUGUGAGAAUUUUUUCACAGGUACUUUAAGGAGUAAGGAGGAACUAAAAAGUUUCAUCAGAGAUCGUCAAGGAAAGAUUCUUAGUUGUUAUGCAGGGACAAUUAAUCAGGGUGACAAUUUCGACUUUUCGGAGGUAAUUCUAGUUGAUGCCCUCUUCAUCAUUCAGCUCUUUAUGAUGGAUUCUGAAAACCCUGAAAAUGAUUAUCACAUUUUAAGAUCACGGUGGCUGAGGAAAGCUGUAGAGCAGGACCUCAUACUGUUAGAAAAUCAGCUUCCUUAUUUUCUUCUUCAAGACCUGUACAACUUUGCCAUGCCGGUCUCUUGUUUUUAUCCCCGCAGCGAAGUGCAAGCACAAGAACAGGACAAUAGACAACAGAGAUGUUUUGAUCUUGAUAAAAUAUGUUACUGCUUGCCUUGCCGUGGUAGAAGCCACCUCAAAGAUCAUUCUGUGUUAACUGUUGAAGCCGCCGAAUCUGUUCAUCCCUUUCUCAAGCUUACAUGUGAGUUCUUCAACAGAUACAGUAAAGGAAAAUCUGUCAGGAAUGGAGUAACUAUAAAACAUUUCACUGAUUUGGUAAGACAUUUUUUGUGCCCUGCAGAAGAAAUGACUUGGGUAGAUACUCCUAUAAAAAAUAUAUAUGACGCGAGAAAGUUGAAGGCCGCGGGGGUGAACUUUAGGCUACUUAAAGAAGUAGGGUUUGUCAUUAAAGGAGAUGAAUCCCACGAUUGUAAUUUCAACUUAGCAUGUUUUACAAGUAUGGACUUGAAGCUUACACUAUUCUGUGUCAAGGAUGAGACAGAAUGCGUCGUCCGAAAUGUCAUGGCGUUGGAGCAGUUUCAGUAUCCAGACUCUGCUUAUAUUUGCGAAUACUUUUUGUUCAUGGAUAAACUUGUGGACACUGUGGAAGAUGUGAAUUUGCUGAUUGAGAGUGGAAUUCUUGUUAACAAGAUAGGCUGCAACGAAACUGUGGCAAACCUGAUCAAUAAACUCUGUGUGCAGAUUAUGGAUGAUGUAUCCUGCUAUGGUGGUGUCUGUGGGCAGCUUAAUAAGCACUACGGGAUCAGUUUUUGGAACCGUCAUGUGGCAAUCCUGAAAGGAGUUUACUUCAAGGAUCUUUGGACAGGCAGCUCAACUAUACUUGGACUUUUUGUCCUGGUUUUCUCAAUCAUUGGAACCAUGAAGUCGCUUGAACAUAAUCUAAUUUAAGCUUCAUUUGUAGUUCUUAGUAGAGGUUCAUCCAGCAUAUGUAGUUUAAUCAGA